AUGUCGGCAGACGAUCAACAAUUUCUGGACGUGCUCUCGUCGUUGCCCAACGAUAUCAGACGCUAUUCCAGCGACGUCGCCGAGUUCAUCGAUAAGCAUGUCGACAAGCUUGCCGAUCAAGUUCGAGAAUCGCUUGCCUCAUCGCCAUGGGUUCCAGAUUCGAUGCGCCCACACAUACCUCCGCCGCCCCCGAAGGUUAUAGUAUCCUCCUCGUCGCUGUACGAGAGAGCGCAAGACUGGGUAUCAAGACACAAGAUUUUGACUGGCGUCAUCAUCUUCACAACCAGUGUUGUCGUUUAUAGGGGAUACAGGAAAAGCCGAUGGUGCCGGAAAACGCGACGGGCGAAGCGCGCUCGCAAUGGUGGACGAUUGGAAGUGGUAGUCAUUGCCGGCUCUCCGACGUUGCCGCUGACCAGGUCGCUUUCGCUGGACUUGGAGAGAAAAGGCUUCAUCGUCUACAUCGCUUGCAACACUAUCGAGGAUGAGGUCAUGGUGCAGAAUCUGUCACGCCCUGAUAUCCGACCGCUUACAAUUGAUAUAACGGACCCGCCCAGCGCCGGCAGCUCGAUCGAGCGAUUCGCACAUUACCUACAAACUCCUCAUUCAGCUGUGCCCAGGGCCAAGGCGAACUAUUUGGCCUUGAAGUCCGUCAUCCUCAUACCAUCUCUAAACUACCAAACCUCACCGAUUGCUACCAUCCCUCCAUCGAGCUUUGCGGAUCUCUUCAACACUCAUCUACUCCACCCCAUCCUCACUAUCCAAGCGUUCUUGCCUCUUUUGACGGCGCGGCUUAGCCCGUCAGGAGAGAAGUCGAACCCCAAAGUCCUCGUUUUCACACCUUCUAUCAUCUCGUCAAUCAACCCACCUUUCCAUGCACCGGAGGCGACGGUCUGCUCAGCGCUUUCGGCUUUCACAGAAGUGCUGACGGCGGAGCUGCGACCCCUUGCCAUCCCGGUAACGCAUAUCCAGCUGGGCACUUUUGACUUUGCUGGCUUCACCCCUGCGAACCUACGAAGCUCGUCGGCCGCGCAGCCGGGCCUUCUACCCGCCCCCGACCAUGCGGAGACCUUGGCAUGGCCCGAGGCGGCUCGACAUGCCUAUGGACGGAAUUUCGUCAACACAUCUACAUCUGCCAUCUCUGCAGGCCGUGUCCGAGGGAUGAGGGGCAGCUCAUUGCGCGACCUGCACAAUGCGGUAUUCGAUGUGAUCGAUGGGUCUAACUCUAGUGGGGUGGUGCGUGUUGGGCUCGGAGCGAAUCUCUACGGUUUCGUCGGGCGUUGGGUUCCGCGAGGUCUAGUGGGCUGGAUAAUGGGCAUGCGCAAGGUUGACGAACUCUCGGCGUGGCAGUACAAUAGCCCACGGUCUGGUAGUGAAAAUGGCGAGGGCUCCGAGUAUAUUUCUGUACAUCCGGAGCACUCGGCGGAUACGAAUGUCUGGAAGGAGGGUUAA